UGUUUUUUGUUUCAGAUAAGACUCGCCCAAGAACAAUUAAUUUUUGGCAACGAGGAGAGUUACUGUACCAGCCUCUAAACCACUUUGAAAAGAUGUUAUUCAAAAGCUUUCUGGCAAUUGGAGGAACGUUCCUUUUUGUUCAGGCAUUUUCCCUCUCUGGCCGAGUUUCGUUCAAAGAAUUGGUGACUAUCAACGGAACCGAAUAUUACAUUGACAGCAACGGUUUCACCACGAGUGAUGCCAAACUCACGUGCAAUUCAAUGAACAUGAGCCUAAUUUCGUUCGAUGAGCCAAGCGAGUACCAAACUAUCCAGGACUGGCUUUUGCAGAACAACCUUCAAACCCCCUGGUUUUGGACGAGUGGAAUCAGAUCCGUGAAUUCCGAAACUUGGAUUUGGGGGUCUACUGGGGAGAACAUCACCGACUUCACCUGGGCAGCUGGUCAGCCAGAUAUAAAUCCUGGGCAGUUUGACACGUGCAUCGAUUUCCGUGCAGAUAGCCAGGGCUGGGAAGAUGACGAAUGCUCCAUCUACCUUUUUGGCAUUAUUUGUGAAUAAAAUUUCGUUAAAACAACAGUAACAAA